GAAUCAUAUAUGGGUUUCAGUUUGUUUGAAUUUUCUGUCAUAUUUACUCAUGAAUUAGGACAUAAUCUUGGCAUGCAACAUGAUGGAGAAUACUGUAAAUGUGAUCGGCCUGAAUGCAUUUAUGGCUGCAUUUUACGCAAACGCUGAUAAGUUUAGCAAUUGCAGUUACAAUGAGUACUGCAAGCUAAGGAACAAUCAAUGUUUAUUCAUUCCACCAGACACUGAUAAAAUGUUUAAAUUUGCAUACUGUGGCAACAAGGUAAUGGGAGAUGGAGAGCAAUGUGACUGUGGUUCUCCAGAACAUUGCAAGUUGGAUCCAUGUUGCCAAUCUAAUUGUAGGUUGAGUCCAGGUGCCACUUGUGCUUCUGGACAGUGUUGUGCUAAGUGUCAGUAUCUUCCAGCUCAAUCUCUCUGCAGAGAUAGGAGUAGCCCCUGUGACCUCCCUGAGUACUGCAAUGGAACUUCAGAGUGGUGUCCUGAAGAUGUUUAUGUACAAGAUGGCACCCCGUGUAGUGAUGGUGUAUACUGUUAUAAUGGGAAUUGCACAACUCACAGUGGGCAGUGUAAAAUGAUAUUUGGCAACAAAGCAACCAGUGCUUCACGGGCUUGCUUCAGUCAUAUGAAUGCUCAAGGUGAUCGUUUUGGCAACUGUGGCCUUAGACAUGGAAAUUAUAAGAAAUGCAGUGCUAAGAAUAUUCGGUGUGGCCAAAUCCAUUGUGAAAAUAUUGAUGUAUUGCCCUCUUUGAAGGAACACAGCAGCAUAAUUCAAACAAAAAUUGGAAACAAGAUGUGUUGGAAUACAGACUAUCACAGUGGACUGGAGAUACCUGAUAUUGGAGCAGUGAGAGAUGGCACCCCUUGUGGCAAGAACAUGAUGUGUAUUAAUGGGGAGUGCAAGAGUAUGUCCCUCUUGAGGAAUGAUUGUAAUGUCACAAAGUGUCAUUAUAGGGGAAUAUGCAACAACUACCAACAUUGUCAUUGUGUUUCUGGCUGGGCCCCCCCUCCUGACUGUCUAAACAAAGGUAUUGGUGGCAGCAUUGACAGUGGACCCGCUCCAUGGGGGUACUUUUGGAAUCGUAGUGCCAGCAUGUUUACAUCUUGUUGGUAUUCAACUUCUAUUAGCCCCAGUGAGCACUACCAGUGUUCAGGGAUGAUGGGCCCGAGGCUCCACAUCCUUGAUCUAGCCCAGGAGAGAGAAAAAAUUCUCCUCUUUUAA